AUGAGUAUUAACAAAGGCUUGAAUAAUGAGCUUGCAAUGAAACUAAGUUCCCAGUUACGGACUCCUAAGGAGAAGAAAAGAUUGAAUUUGAAGAAUAAUCACUUAAAAGGUCGACUUAGUGUGGAUUAUAAGUAAAGUAUUUGAAAAUACUCAGCGGAAGGCCCUCAUUAAGAAAGCUAUUAACAUCUCCGAUCCUCUGAAUGCAGGGAAUAUAGUAUCUCCAAGCAACGGAAAGAUUAAGAAAAUUAAUCUCGAGAAACUCCAGUUCACUCAUCUGAUUGAUGAUUCUGAUAGUAAUCUUGGGAGUACAAAUAAUGCUGUGCUUUAUGAAAAUUUUAAGAAUAAUUCUAAUAGAUAUUCCAAAAUUAACAGAUUCGCUUCAACUAGCAGAAGGAACAAACUUACCACUAAAGACACUGAGAGGUCCAAAGAUCUCUUGGUGAGGAACCUAUCCACCGGGAACGGGACUAGUCGGUACAUUAUCUCAUCUCAACCCAAGCUACGAGAAGGGUCUCAUAAUAUGAUAUCUCAAAGAAGGUUCUCAGAGAGGUUGAAUGCCUCUGAAUCUAACAGAAAUUGUAAGAUAGACUCAGUAGAAUUUGAUAUGAAAGACUCUUGCAAAUACAGCUAUGGAAGAGACUUGAACUAUACCUGCAUCCAAGGCCCUGGUAAAUAGAAAGUUCAUCAGUGAAAAGCACAGGCAGUACCUAGAAAAGGCUAAGAUUGACUUCUCUAAUGAGGAGAACCUCACUAAAACUAUUGCUAAGCUAAAAACUAUUGAAGAAAGGAAAUAAAGAAUGUGAGAAAAUUUUGAACCUGGAUCAAGACCAGAAAAAUAUGGAAGAUUUUAUAAAAUCUAUCAAAGCAAUGCAGUCUUUGAGACUUGAAGUUGAAAUCACGCAUAAUAUGUUAAGGAACAUUAGUAUGGAAGGAGACGAGACAGAGCAGAUUAAGGAAACUAUCAGUAGCCCUCACACAAGAGAUUACUCUAAUUCGUUACUGGGUUCAAAACUAAUUAUGGAGUCAAGACUAGGUUCAAGAGAGAAAUUUGAUUCUGAACGGCUUGAGAGAGAUAAUAAAGAGUAUGCUAAGUUAGCAAGGAAUUUGAUCAGGAUGAUUUGAAACCCAAAGUUAUUGUAUCGUAACUUAGAUACUUUCUCCCCUCGUGGACUCGGGUUGCCACCUUUUUCAGAUACCCCACAGAUAAACAUGGGCAUGACUUGGAAGGAAAGGAUCCUCCUAUCUGCGAAUAUUGAGACUCUGUGGAAAUGCAUGCUCCUCUCUCAAGAUAAGUUGCUGGCCAACCAAGACAUCAUGAUAAAGAAAAUCGUAGCUGAAAAGGAGAAGGAAUUCCAGGCUGAUAAGGACAUUUACCUAAAGCUCAUCCACAAAAUGAAGAAUGAAAUUUCUGAGCUGGGGCAAAAACUGGAUACAGUUCAGAAUAAUUUUGAGGAAAAAUCUAAGCUCCAGGCUAAAGAACUUAACCGUGUUACGAAGAUUUCAAAUGAUAGGGAGUUUGACCUUAGAGCAAUUUUGGAAAAUAAUAAAAUAUUUUUACUAAAAAGAGAAUUUGAGAAAAUGGGAGAAAAUAUAGAUUUGGUCUCUUCUGAGACUAACCUCCAGCUGAAGACAGUUGAAAACUUGAUCAAGUACAUGACCGAUAAUAUCAGGAUCCCUGACUCUAAGAAUAGCAAGGUAAAGCUGAUGCUAAGGAAAAGGAGGAAAAGAGGGUUCAAUAGUGCCAUGGUGAGCAACGAAACACUGCAAGACGAAAUUAUAUUCUCAAAAACCCAAUCAAAAAUGGGAUUUAAGAAGGUUCCCACCUUUGUGACAACAGAUGAUGCUAAGUUUAAGAUCCAGGUGACGAAUGAGGAUGGCAUGGUCAAAACCCAAAAUGCAUUCUCUAGCCAGAAUACUGAAGAAACUACUUCGAUGGAGAAACUACUUAUAUACAUCGAAGAAAAGAUAAAUGACUUGUAUCGGAGCUCAGGGAAAAUUGUGGAAAAGAAGGAAAUUGAUAGAUCAGACCUUUUGGAAAUUAUCGAUUCUAUCCCAUUCAGCAUUCUAAACAUGAUUACUCCAAUAGAGAAACCAAAGAAAGAAAAAGAAGUUCAAACUGAUCUUGGAGGGUCCCAAGAACUGCCUAUUCAUAAAAUCACUGAAAAGCAUGUAAGGAAAAGAGGGAAAUCUAUCAUAAUGAGACCAGGAAAUGCAUUAGCGAGGGCCAUUAAUAAGGCUUUGAUACAGAAAAAGGAAAAGCAUAGUGCAAUGACAGAGAGCAAUGCGUUUAAACUCAUAGAAACUUUACUGGAUGACAAAUGCCAGCUUGAUUUGGAUAAUAUUGUUACUAGCAAAAAGAUCAAGCCCCUGGCUAACUUUGUUCUUGACCAAAUGAGCAUGAAGUUUGGGCUAAAGACCUUAGCUGUCAAAAACCUUAUUGCAAUGAAAAUGGGCCUCGACAAGAAGCAGAAAGCUCUGAGGGAGAAAAGACAUAAUAUUGAAGAUGUCAAUAUUUCCUACGCACAAUUUUGCUUACAAAUUAUGGGAAUCGAUGAUAAAAAUUUCAUAGAAAUCCCUGAAGACCAAAUAGACUGUGUCGUCAAAGCAAGAGCUAUAUUCCAAGAAGCUACAGAGGCUUAUAAAUAAAGCAAUGGACAUCAAGCCUAAGAAGAUCCAGGAGACAAUGAAAGUAGGAGUUGACCUUAAUACUGGCGGAGAAUGCUCCAUAUUUGAAGUUAUUGAGAUCACAACUAUCUGAAUAGGGAAGGACAAGGAAUUACUGAAUAGCUUCAUUCCUAAGAUACAACCAAUUAUGAAUGAAGGGGAGAAUGACCCAAACCAAUUUCUACUGAACUUCUCCCUUCUCAAAAUCUGACAUAGAAUUGCGAAAAUGGGAAAGGAUAUCAAAUACUUGUACCAAGCCCUUGAUAAGGACGGAGGAGGAACUCUUGACCUUCAGGAGAUUUUCCACGGGCUUAAUGAGAACUUCAACAUAUGUUUCUCAAAAGAGGAAGCUAUUGAGGUGACUCAGUACCUUGACUCUGACCAAAGUGGGGAUGUUGAUUUCGAAGAAUUCCAGCUUAAAAUCAACUAUAAUAAUUAUAACAAGCUUUAUCACCAAUUCGUUAUUACUAAGCAACGCUAUUUAGAGCUAGCGAUUGAAGAAUGGAAGUUAUAUAAAGAGUCAACCAAGAGAAGACUAAUGAAAAAGUUCGCCGAAUUUGAUGACAAUGGAGAUGGCGUCCUCACAUUUGAUGAAUUCGAGUCCCUAGUCAACAAUCUUGAUCCGAAUCUCUCACGAAAUGAGAUUAGUGAGCUUUUUAACGAAACCCUUGAACUGGUUACAGACGAAGAGGAUCCAGAUAAGAUGACCCCAGAAAGUUUCUGCAUCACAGCACUGAAAUAUAAACUUGGAGGUUUUGGAAAGGAUUUCUUCACGGAUUACCUGCUCUCCAAGAAGAAAGGAAAGUAAGAAUUCCUAGAUAAAUUUUGACUAAAAUGAAGAUCAAUAAA